AUGGAUCGUCAGAUUUCGUCUAGUUCGUCUAAAAAAGCAUGUGGUUGCGCGGAGCGUCGUGGUAAGCAGAAUGCUUAUAUCGCUCUAGGGAGCAACCUAGGCGAUCGAGUGGCCAUGAUUGAGCAGGCAUGUAAAGAGAUGGAUUCAAGAGGAAUCAAAGUCAAAAGGACGAGCAGCCUGUGGGAGACUGAACCCAUGUACGUUCUAGAUCAAGAUAGAUUCGUGAAUGGAGCUUGCGAGGUUGAAACCGAUCUAGAGCCAUUGUCGUUGCUAGACCAAUUGCAAGACAUAGAAAAGUCUAUGGGAAGGCGGAAACUCAUAGAUAAGGGUCCUCGGAAUAUUGACCUAGACAUUUUGCUUUAUGAAAAUGAAAAGGUCGACCAUGAGAGACUCAAAAUCCCUCAUAUUGGCAUCCCUGAACGUGAAUUCGUUCUCCGCCCUCUCGCCGAACUCAUACCGCAAAAGUCGAUAGAUCCUUCUAAGCCGUGGAAAUUCAUCCAGGACUACCUCAACGAGCUUCCCGCAGCCCCUGAACCGCUUUCAACUCUGACGCCGAUAUGCGCCUCGGUAGAACCUCUGAAUGCCCUCAAGGCAACGCGGAAAACGCAGGUAAUGGCCAUUCUUAACAUAACGCCCGAUUCAUUCUCGGAUGGGGGAGUUCAUACCCCUGACUCCUUAAGAGACACAAUCAUGGCCUAUGUCCGAGGGGGCGCCACCAUUUUUGAUAUAGGCGGACAAUCUACAGCUCCGGGUACUCUCGAAGUCAGCGCACAAGAAGAAAUGGAUCGCAUCUUGCCUGUCAUCGAGCUUAUUCGCAGCCUUCCCGAAACGCGAGAUGUCGCUAUUAGCGUAGACACAUAUCGAGCCUCAGUUGCCGAAGCAGCCGUCAAGGCUGGCGCAGAUAUUGUUAACGACGUGUCGGCCGGUCUCUUGGACCCGGAAAUGCUUCCUACCAUGGCCCGCCUAGGCAAGACGGUGUGCUUAAUGCACAUGAGGGGAAACCCUAGCACAAUGAGCAAGCUAAACGAAUAUCCGGAGGGAAUCAUCCCGACCAUUGCUCGAGAACUACUCGAGCGAGUCGCGGCCGCCGAAGCAGCGGGUAUCCGCCGGUGGCGCAUCAUCCUCGACCCAGGCCUCGGGUUUGCCAAAGUUGGCGAACAGAACUUACAACUCCUACGACAUUUCGACGAGUUACGAACCUGGCCCGGACUAGAGGGUCUGCCUUGGCUCGUAGGGUCUAGCCGUAAGAGCUUCAUCGGCAAGGUCACCGGCGUGCCGAAGCCCAUGGACCGCGUCUUCGGUACGGCAGCCACUGUUGCCGCAGCGGUACAGGGCGGCGCGGAUAUAGUGCGCGUCCACGAUGUUGUGGAGAUGGGGCAGGUAGUCAAGAUGGCAGAUGCCAUCUGGAGAUAUUAA